AGGGUCCAGAUCCUCUUCUCGGGCUGGCCCGGCGACCGCGGCCUUGGCGUCUAUUUCCUUGCCCUCUUCCUCGUCGCCAUCGCUGCUGCCGCUGAGGAGUGCCUCUCCACCCUCUCCCGCCGCCACGCCCAGCCUCUCGCCGCGUCCGCUGGCGCCCGGGCUUCUAUUGGGCUCGCCCUCACCGCUCUCCACACUCUGCGGAUGGGGUUGCUCUACCUGGUGAUGCUUGCCGUAAUGUCGUUUAACGUCGGAGUUCUAAUCGCCGCCGUUGUUGGACAUGCCGUUGGGUAUCUCGUCGCUGGGAGCGGGACGUUCAAGUGGGCCAGGAGCGGUGGUGUCCAGAUAGCCGAUGGUCAUGAUUACGCCAACGUCGCCAAGUGCUAGAAAACUAAGUAAAUUAUGAAUUAAUAAGGUGAAUCUCGCUUCUAUGUUUGAAUGUUGAAAGAAUUAGUUUAUUUCCAAAACGAGGUAUAUAAAUCUAUUAUGUUCAUCGUAAGUUACGGAUGAUUUCGACUGUGAUUAUCUUAUCUAUUUUACUGUGAUGCGACAUACUAAAUUUAUUCAAAGUGCCGACUUGGAUUUGAAUUUUCA